CGUCGCAGCUACAUCCUGAACCAACGCAGCCUUCCGCUUGUGAACCACCCCAAGCGAUGGUGUACUUCAACUCCGUCGAGAGGACGGUACGUGAGAUUUCAUAUUACAUCAUCGGCGAGGACAUUUGCAAGGUGCUGGCCGGAGCCUUCGACGCGGACGUCUGCGGGGCACCCGCCGGGGUCCUCGACGCCAUCGGCGCCGAGCUCCUCCUCGCGGCGCUCUUCUGCUCGGGCUUCGCCUUCUUCCGGCUGGCCGUGUGCCAGCACGCGGCGCGGCGGGCGCUGGGGCCGCG